AUUGCUUGCAACGGCGGCAGUGGAGGUCGCAUUGGCGGAGAGGAGAGUGGUGGGCGGAGGCAGCUCCGGUUGAUGGGCAUUGGCAGCUCGAAAGAAGGGGAGCCCCAGGAAUAGUGUGCGUUUGUGUGUCAGUGAAACCUUGCUAUUUUGGGAGCUCAGCGAGUGGCGGGACUGUCGUGUCGUGUCGUCGAGUGUUCGUCCCGCUCACCGCCGCGUGCAUGGCGCCGUGGAGCGGCUUCUGGGCCGCCAGCAGGCCCGCCCUCGCCGCCGCCGCCGCCGGCGGCACGCCGGUCGUCGUCAAGAUGGACAAUCCCAACUGGUCCAUCUCCGAGAUCGACGCCGACGGCGGGGAGUUCUUGGCCGGCGGACGGCGGCGAGGCAGGGGCAAGAACGCCAAGCAGAUCACCUGGGUGCUGCUGCUCAAGGCGCACCGCGCCGCGGGGUGCCUCGCGUGGCUCGCCUCCGCCGCCGUCGCGCUCGGCGCCGCCGCGCGCCGCCGCGUCGCCGCCGGGCGGACGGACGACGCCGACGCCGAGACGCCGGCGCCGCGGUCCCGGCUCUACGCGUUCAUCAGGGCGUCGCUCCUGCUGUCCGUCUUCCUCCUCGCCGUCGAGCUCGCCGCCCACGCCAACGGCCGUGGACGCGUCCUCGCCGCCUCCGUCGACUCGUUCCACUCCUCGUGGGUGCGCUUCCGCGCCGCCUACGUCGCCCCGCCGCUCCAGCUCCUCGCCGACGCCUGCGUCGUGCUCUUCCUCGUCCAGAGCGCCGACCGCCUUGUCCAGUGCCUCGGCUGCCUCUACAUCCACCUCAACCGCAUCAAGCCUAAACCCAUCUCCUCGCCGGCGGCGGCGGCGGCGGCAUUGCCCGACCUGGAGGACCCCGACGCCGGCGACUACUACCCCAUGGUGCUCGUCCAGAUACCAAUGUGCAACGAGAAGGAGGUGUAUCAGCAAUCGAUUGCGGCGGUCUGCAAUCUUGAUUGGCCGAGGUCCAACAUCUUGGUGCAAGUGCUAGAUGAUUCCGAUGAUCCAAUUACGCAGUCAUUGAUCAAGGAAGAGGUGGAGAAAUGGCGGCAGAACGGCGCGCGCAUUGUGUACCGCCACCGCGUGCUCCGGGAGGGGUACAAGGCCGGCAACCUCAAGUCGGCGAUGAGCUGCAGCUAUGUCAAGGACUAUGAGUAUGUCGCCAUCUUCGAUGCCGACUUCCAGCCAUACCCUGACUUCCUCAAGCGCACCGUGCCGCAUUUUAAGGACAAUGAGGAGUUGGGGUUGGUUCAGGCUAGAUGGUCAUUUGUGAACAAGGAUGAGAACCUCUUGACACGGUUGCAGAACAUAAACCUGUGCUUCCACUUUGAGGUGGAGCAGCAGGUCAAUGGCAUAUUCAUCAACUUCUUUGGGUUCAACGGCACGGCUGGCGUGUGGAGGAUCAAGGCGCUGGAGGACUCGGGAGGCUGGAUGGAGCGUACUACGGUGGAGGACAUGGACAUUGCGGUCCGCGCACAUCUCAAUGGCUGGAAGUUUGUGUUCCUGAAUGAUGUGGAGUGCCAGUGUGAACUACCAGAGUCUUAUGAGGCUUACAGGAAGCAACAGCACCGCUGGCAUUCAGGGCCAAUGCAGCUGUUCAGGCUAUGUUUACCGGACAUCAUUAGAUGCAAGAUUGCAUUCUGGAAGAAGGCCAAUUUGAUAUUUCUCUUCUUCCUGCUUCGCAAGCUCAUCCUGCCCUUCUACUCCUUCACACUUUUCUGCAUCAUCCUACCAAUGACAAUGUUUAUACCUGAAGCUGAGCUUCCUGACUGGGUUGUCUGCUACAUUCCUGCCCUGAUGUCCUUCCUUAACAUUCUUCCCGCGCCAAAAUCAUUCCCGUUCAUCAUCCCGUACCUGCUCUUCGAGAACACCAUGUCUGUCACCAAGUUCAAUGCAAUGAUCUCCGGGCUGUUCCAGCUCGGAAGCGCAUAUGAAUGGGUAGUGACCAAGAAAUCAGGCCGAUCAUCGGAGGGUGAUCUUAUCGCAUUGGCACCCAAGGAGCUGAAACAACAGAAGAUCCUUGAUCUCACAGCAAUCAAGGAGCAGUCCAUGCUGAAGCAAUCCUCUCCAAGAAAUGAGGCCAAGAAGAAAUACAACCGGAUAUACAAGAAGGAGCUUGCCCUCUCAUUGCUUCUCCUGACCGCCGCGGCUCGCAGCUUGCUUUCGAAACAAGGGAUACACUUCUACUUCCUGAUGUUUCAGGGAUUGUCAUUCUUGUUGGUCGGCCUGGACCUCAUAGGUGAGGAUGUCAAAUAAUUAAGCUCUAGUGUAGACAAAAACAGAAGAUGUUGAACAGCUUGUCCAUCAUGAAAAUGUGGUUGUACUUUUGUUAAGGUGUAGGAACUAGGAAUCAGAUGCGAAUGAUCGUUCGGAGGAUUAGUCUGUGACUGUAAGUCAUGUGUAGAUAGUUAAUUAGUCCUUGGCAUGUAAAUCAGUUAGUUGUUUCAGGCCACUUGAUUCUUUUGUAACUAUUUUGGUGCUCAGGUUUUAGGUUGCAUUACAAUCCAAGAUAUGUUUUCCUCCUAUCUGAAUCUGAUCGAUGCAUGGGGCCGAGAAAACAUCCCAGAUCUCAAGAGUGAUGUGCAGAGCUUAUGAUUCUCUUCA